AUGCUUCGGUGGAACACAACAGGUAUUACUGUAGCCGGAAUUGUUGGUAAUCCAGGAAAUGCAAAUAACCAACUUAAUACUCCUUUUGAUGUCAUAUUGGACUAUGCCAAUAAUCUCUAUAUUGCUGAUCGAGCAAAUCAUAGAAUUCAAAAAUAUUCGUUAGGUGCUUCAAUCGGCAAGACAGUGGCUGGAAACGGAACGAUCGGUUCAUCUCAGUAUCAGCUAUAUAAUCCAUCACGGGUGAUCAUUGACUUAAAUGGAAAUUUCUAUAUAUCCGAUACAUAUAAUCAUCGAAUUCAAUUCUGGCGUAAUGGUGCUGUUUCUGGAACAAUAGUUGCUGGCAUAACAGGUCCUUGUGGAAACGCUAACAAUCAAUUAUGUACUCCUUACGGUAUUGCUCCUCAUCCAACAUCAGGUACACUAUAUAUAUCGGAUUAUAGUAAUCAUCGAAUAAUGUCAUACACAUUCGGCGCUAAUAAUGGCACGUUGGUACUCUGUAGUAAUGGGCCCGGAACAAAUAAUACUCAGUUAUCUUCACCUGUAGGUUUACACUUUGAUUCAUUUUCAAAUAGUCUUGUCAUUACCAAUUCUGCUGCUAAUAAUAUUGUUCGACAUAUAUCGGGUAUGAGUGGUUGGACACUUGUUGCUGGUAAUAUCAAUGGUUCGUCAGGUACAGCAUCAACACGCCUUUUUUAUCCUACUGACGUGACAUUUGAUCCAAUGGGUAAUAUGUAUGUUGCUGAUUCAUCUAACCAUCGUAUUCAAUUUUUCUAUGCCGAUCACUUAAAUGCCACAAUCAUAGCUGGAAUGUCAGGUGUAGUUGGUAAUAAUGCAACCACACUCAAUGGACCUCGAUCUGUGAAACUUGACAGUCAACUUAAUUUGUACGUGGUAGACACAUUUAAUUCUCGAAUUCAAAAGUUUUUACGUUAUUAA